AUGAAGAACUCGCCUCUUGAGUUCUUCAAACGGGAGGCGUUGAAAGCUCACAGAGGCGAGAGCUACCGUGGAGCUUUGUAUUCCCAAUCCCCCAAGAGGCCGACACCUGAUGAAGCUGCAAUCAAGAUUCAGGCAGUGUUUCGCGGAUACAAUGCACGAAAACACAUUCGAGAGGAGAAGGAGCACAUUAAGGAAGUAUCCAAGCUGAUGUCUCCGAAUCAACCAGAUCCAAACCUAGCACCAACGAAAAUUCAAGCUACAUUUCGCGGUUACCUGGCGCGCAAAGAGCUCGCCCAGGUGUCAAAACAGCCCGACGCCAAAGUUUCAGAGAAGCUGUCUCCCGACUUCACCAGCCUUGGACUAGACCAGAGGAUGUGCGCGCAACGGGGACUCAUCGACUUCUCUAAUAAAUCUAACCUGCAGGCAGCGAAAGAUGAGAAGAGUUGCGACCAGGAGACAACUCGAAUCAAGACUGUCUAUCAGGUGCGCACGCAUUUGGCACAGGAGGGGGGAAGCGGAGCAAGCAGUCCUUGCCUAAGCCCUUACCUCUCGGAGGACGAGGCAGCGACGAAGAUCCAGGCUGCUUUCAGAGGUUACCAAGUGCGCAAGAACAUGCGUGCUCAGACAGCACCGAUUCCGCGCUACGCGGACCAGAAGUACGACGAGGCGGCACGAAAGAUCCAGGCCACCUAUCGCGGCUACCGAGUGAGAAAGGAGAUUGGGAACCUGAAACGCCACCCCCAAGACGAGGAGUCGUGA